UAUGAAUGAUAAAAUUCAGAUUCGUCAAAUGUCCUAAUUAAAGGUAGUAUAAAUUCUGGGCGAUUUUGAAUCAAUUUUAGAGUUUCAAAAGUAAGGGUGAGAAACCAGUUUAUCUAUGAAGUGUUAUGUCAAUAAAAAAUCUGAUGGACAAGUUCUUGUUCGUUUGUGUAUUAAUGAAUGGGAUUUAAAAAUAAUUACUGAACCAAAAUAACUGCCACAAUGGGAUAGUACACACAAGACUGAAUCAGUGCGUUUCAAUACACGGAAAACAAAUAAUUUACACUUCACUAACAUAUGUGAAGAGAUUUGUCCACUGUCCGGAAACAUUUUGUUUAAAAAAGAAAGUGAUCGCAUGUUUUCUAUGACAAUACAUAAAUAUAAUGUUAUGACGAACUUCUUCUAAAAUGUCGGGAUCUGUAAGGAAGAAGACUCGCUUACGCCAAGCUGUGGCUAGACAAGAAAGUAUUCGUGAGGAGCCUAAGAAAGCACAAUGGAGCAACCAGGAGUAUACAACAGAAGAGAUAUUAAAACAGUUCAGUCUACCUCAGAUUGUGAAAUGUAACCAGGAUUCUGUGAGGAUUACAUCUGACUCUCCACUGCCUAUAAACUUUGGCAACCCACUGGUUUUUUAUGACAAAAGAACCAUUCGGAAACUGCUGGCCAAAAAUAUCGGUAUUGAUGCAGUGUCAAACAAAUACAUUGAGAGUAAUGAAACUAUUGUUAUACCUGCUGAUUAUGAAGGUUUAUUUCUAAGAUUGCAGUCAAGAACAUGCAAAGAUAAUACAUGCUUCAGGAGUAUUGAAGCAAUGGCUAAAAAUAAUGUGCGAGCUUUCCUAAACAUGACAAAAUUUACAGCCUUCCGCAUUGGUGAAAAUGUUGCCACAAACGAUUAUACCAAAGUAGAUUACACUCCUGGCAGCGUGUUCAUCGUCGACAGUGUUUGUACUGGAACUACCAGGUCAAGAAAGGAUAUUGUUCAACAUAGUUAUCUAAAAUGUAAGGACGAAAAGGAUGUUCAGAUUUUAAUUCCCUUCCAUCAUCCUGGGGAAUUUUCCGAGGUAUUGACGAACAAUAACAGAAUGUCUGUCAACAGUAAAUAUCUUAUUGAAAAUCAAAAGUUUCCUAUGGUAGUGCGCUUCAUCAGUAGUAAACAAAAGCCUAGACUGAAAUCUUUUUCUGGAUUAUUCACUCUCAUAGACUCGUUUGAAGAAUCAACUGUAAUAGGAUGUGUUUUAAACCCAUCAGGAUUUACAAUGUUUGAACUGCCUGUAUCUUCACCGUUGUCAUUCCAUUUAGCAUUAAAUAAUCAGGAUAUGAACCAGCAUCCUGUUGUCAAAAACGCACUGAAACUUUGCGAGGCCAAACAUAAACUAUAUGCAAAAGACAUGAAGUACAAGUUUAAAUUCUCCCAUAGAAUUGUUCAGCUUUCUGGAAAGAAAUAUUCAACAGUAUCAGAAGAUGGUGAAGAUGACGGUCCAAAAAGUUCUCUAGAUAGCGCGAGGUUCGAUGUUGCUACAACUUAUCUGUAUAUUUGAUGAAUGGACAUACCGAAAUUCAUUUUACUGGAUUGUAAUUCAAAUGAAAAUUACUAGUAAAUCAAAGGCACACUUUGAAAAGGAUUUAAAAUAUGUUUACAUCUACCGAUUUCACAAAUUCUAUCUUUAGUUAUCUUUAUGAUGAUUUUGCGUCAUGGAUUAAUAUACAUAACUUCUUUUCCGUGUAUGAAGUUUCGUGAUAUGUCAAUGUUAUGU